UGUCCAGUGAGAUAUCAUAAGGAUUAAGGAGACUAGGUAAGAGAGUGUACCCUCCACGGAUACCCAUUGACACGUCACUGCUUCCCAACAUCCCACUCCUCCAUUUAUUUCUCCCUCUUUCUCUCUCUUCAAGCCGCCAACUUUCAACGCUCUCUCUUUCUUUCUCUCUCCUCCUCUGUUUCUUCGUAUCUUCCUCUUCUAGUGUGAAAAUGGAUUUUAUACUAAAAAGAGCAAUUAAGAAUUCCCAGAUGAUCAUUUCAUAAUUUCACUUGGGUCGUAAAAAUAGGUAGAAAAUUACAAAAACACAGAGGAACCAGGAAAAUAAGAAGUUUUCUUGACUCUUUCAGCUUAGCGUCGAAGAAUUUUCCUAUAUAGCAAAAAAAGAUGACUAACAAACAACAACCUAAAGUUCGAUUAGUUAAAUGUCCAAGAUGUGCAAAGAUCCUUCCAGAACCAGAACAUGUUCCUCUGUACUCCUGCGGUGGAUGUGGUACAACCCUCCAAGCUAAAAAUUACAGAGGUUCCCAUAAAAACACAGCAUUGAGUUCACAUGAACAAGAUGUAACUAGGAGUAAUGGCAUCACCAAUGCUCGCAAUGGUGGAGAAUCCAGUGGCUCAAGUCGAAGAUCAAGUACUUCUGGUGAACAUUUAUCAGUUCAAGGUAAAAGCAGCAAUCGGGAUAUUGUUGAAAAAUCAAGUGAUUCUGAGCAGGAUGGAGUUUCCGAUCAUACUUUAUUGUCUAAGGAGUCUAGUUUUCUCAAGAGUAAUGGACAAGUAGACAGAAAGGUGGACCAAUUUGAUUUGAUGGAUCAAAACCAAGAGGAGGAUCAGGAUGCUUUGAAAAGGUUCAGUAAAUCUCCCCAUAAUACAACAUUGUCAGAGGAGUCUAAUUUCAUGGAGAAUAAGGAAAAUGGAGUAAUAGACAGUGAAAUGGACCAAUUUGAUUCAGAGGAUCAAGUUGAUGAUGACUCUUGUACUGUCAUUGGAGACAAAGACCCCGAGAAAGUUGUUAACAGUGUUCAAGAUGAACGAUGUAAUGGCAUUGUUGUUGAGGAACAGAGAAGAGACGUGAAAACUUUUAUUCUACAAGGUUAUCAAGUCCUUGAAGGAAAAGAAAGUCAGCAACUUGCUGAGGUAAGGGGAUCAAUGGAAGAUUUGAAUGAUGAUCAUGAACAAAUACAGGUUGGAUAUGUGAACUCAUUCAAACACGUUUCUUCACCGACUGAGACUCCAGCCAUCAAGAGUCCAGCAGAACAUGCUUCUGAUCAGCAAAUGUCUGAAGAAACCAGAAAGAUAGACCUCCUAGGGAAACAUUUUAAUCAAGAUCAACAUAAGCAAAAGCAAAAGCAAACUGGAUAUGUUAUCUCUGCCAAACACACUUCUUCAUUGAUUGAGUCUCCAACCAUCAUGAAUCCACCAGAAGAUGGUGCUUCUGAAUAUGAAGUGUCCGAAGAAACCAAAAAGAUGCAUGUUGUAGGUAAACAUCCUCAUCAAGAUCAACAUGAACAAAAGCAAGUUGGAUAUGUGAACUCUACCAAGGAUGCUUUUUCAUUGACCGAGUCUUUAACCAUCGAGAAGCCAACACAGUUGGAUUCGGAAAACCCAGGAGAAUAUGAUGCAUUUGAUCAUGGAUUGUCAAAAGAAACCAGAAAGGUGCACUAUGUAGGGGAACAGUCUCAUCAAGAUAUAUCUGGAAAUGAGAUUACAUGCCAUGAUGCAGAAAUAUCAGAAGAAGAUGAAUCAGGCAAGGAAUAUUGCAACGCGACAGGUCCACACAAUUCCGUGGAAUGCAUAGCAGACCGACUUGGAAGUGUAAAGCUUUCAGGUGCAGAUGCGUUGUCUAGAGAGAUAAAUCAGUCAGUAUCUGGAACUGAACACGGCUUACAAGUCUGUGGAAGUCAUAGUGUUUCUGCUCCUUCAAAUGCUACGUAUCUGAAAAUAUCUCAUGAGAAGGGUACUAUGUAUGAUUCCAAAGACGCUUGUCGUGAGAGAAAUUCAUUUGACAACGCCAAAGGAACUUCAAAGAAACAAAACAAGAAAUUUAAGAAUAGUGCUGUCUACAAAGACAUUGAAGGCGGGAGCAGCUUGCUGAAAGAAAUUCCAAGAUCUCCCACCAAAAGAUCCCCUGCUUAUGAUGGUAGUGUCUCUUCCUCUGACGGAAAUGAUGAUAAAGUCCCAGGACAACAAUUACAAAUUUCUGCGGAAAUUUUGUCCACAAAUAAUGAUGAUGCUGAAGAUAGUCCUGAAUGGAAUAACAUUCUGUCAGAGAGAAUGAUCUACAGUAAUUCAAGAGCUCAGAUAUCAGAUGAGAAGUUGAAAAGCAGCAUAGCAGAGGAGCAAGGAGCGCUGGACGAAAAUGGAAUUCCUAGAAGAAACAACAGAUUUAGGCCAAAUAGAGACAGCUUCGUGCCUCGAGUUCCAUUUCACACGAGAAAUUCUGAAACAGGCAGCUCAUCUAGUUAUGCAGUGCAUGAUGAACCCCCAAGCCAUCAAAAGCAUCAUCAUCCUUAUAGGAGAAGAUUUUCUGAAGCGCCACUUUAUAGGGAAAAAGAGUUUCAACCCAUGUACUAUAACUAUGAAACAUCAGGAGAAAUUUAUGAGAGACCCAAGUAUCAUCAGCCUUGUAUUGACAGAAGAAAGCGUGCAGAAAGUUGGUCUCAAAGUGGAACGCUCCAACGAAUGUCAUACUCAGGAGAGAUUUAUGAUGGAAGAUACUCUUAUAUGCAUCGGUACCCUGAGGAUCGGAGAUGGUCUGCCCAGUUACCCCCACCACCUUCUGUCUGUUGCCACCAAGGGAUUUACAUGGGUCCCACCUGGGAAAAUAGGUAUGAAUCGUAUCCAGCAAGUCCUCAACGAUUUGUUGAGUCAGAGUCAUCCUGUGGUUGGGGCUAUGAUACAACCGAUGAUCAGAUGCAGAAAGACCAAAUGAUGAGGAGAUUGAGGGAGAAACGACAAGCAGUGAAAAGAGAGUUCUAUCCUAUAGCUGGUGGUGCUCCAUUCCUCACAUGUUGCUUUUGCUUCAACGUUCUACAACUUCCCAGAUGUCUUCUCCUUUCCAGAAUAACAAGAAGAAACCACAAGCUCCAGUGUGGUGCUUGCUCUAGAAUUCUUGAAUUUUCUAUCGAUAAUAAUGGUGCUUCUUUAGCUCCUUCUGAUACUACUAAUGUUGACAAAAAUGUUAACUUAGCGGCGUCCUCACAUGUGAAUCACUCUCGUCGAAGCAGCUUAAAUUCUGCAGAUGGUAGAGAGUUGCUUUCGCGUGAUUCUUUUGGUAGAGAAAAAAGAAAGGCCAUUUCUGGAAGUUUGAGGAAUGGGGAGAGAAUGGAAGACUUUCAUGAUACUUCUCGAGGAAGAGAGUCAAAGGUAAGCUGGAAAAUGCCAUCUAGGAGCAAGUCACCACUUCACAGGCUCAUGGGCUAUUCUUCACCACAGGACUUGUUAACUGGGCAUGAAUAUGAUGAUGAUGAUGAUGUAGAGUGAUAGUCUGGAGUUUGGGAAAUCAGAUAAAUAGUAACAUAUUAGCAACCUGUGAAUUGUAAGUUUGUAACAGAUUCAUUUUUCCUGAAGUACUGUGAGGCAUCUGAUUACUAGUAGAUAGUUGAGACCAUACGCCUAUACGUAAAGAGCUCCUCUUGUAACAUACUUUGAUGUGUAUAAUUUAUCUUAAAAAUUCAUUGUUU